CGUCGAACUGGCGGUGCCGGUUGCCUGGGCGACAGCUGGAGAAGUGGCGGCGGAGCGGGUUUGGCGCGGGCGGCCGCGGCCGUGCAGCAGAGAUUUUUGCUGCCUUGAGAAUUAACAGUAACCGUUCAAUAUGGGGGAUGUUCUGGCUCACGAAUCAGAAUUACUUGCACUAGUGAAAGAGUAUUUAGAUUUUGCUGAAUUUGAAGACACCUUGAAAACAUUUUCAAAAGAAUGCAAAAUAAAAGGAAAGCCAUUAUCUAAAACAGCAGGUGGCUCUUUAAGGGAUUCCAAAUCACUGGUCAUCCAGAAGGACCUCAUUGCUGCAUUUGACAGCGGAGACCAGAAGGUGUUCUUCGAUCUGUGGGAGGAGCACGUUCCCAGUUCCAUCCGUGAUGGUGACCCCCUUGCCCAGAAGUUGGAAUUCUAUCUUCACAUCCAUUUUGCCAUCUAUCUUCUGAAACACUCCGUGGGGAGACCUGACAAAGAGGACCUGGAUGAGAGGAUUUCUUAUUUCAAAACCUACCUGGAGACCAAAGGGGCGGCGUUGAGCCAGACCACAGAGUUUCUCCCUUUCUACGCUCUGCCUUUUGUUCCCAACCCCAUGGUACACCCCUCGUUUAAAGAGCUCUUCCAGGAUUCUUGGACUCCAGAAUUAAAGUUGAAGUUGGAAAAGUUUCUGGCUUUAAUUUUUAAAGCCAGUAACACGCCAAAGCUUUUAACAUUAUACAAGGAGAAUGGACAGAGUAACAAAGAAAUGUCGCAGCAGCUCCACCAGCAGCUGAUAGAAGCCGAGCGUAGGUCAAUGACGUACCUGAAGCGGUACAAUAAGAUCCAGGCAGACUACCACAAUCUCAUCGGGGUCACGGCAGAGCUGGUGGAUUCCCUGGAGGCCACGGUCAGUGGCAAGAUGAUCACGCCGGAGUACCUGCAGAGCGUAUGCGUCCGCCUCUUCAGUAACCAGAUGCGACAGAGCCUGGCCCACAGCGUGGACUUCACGCGGCCUGGGACGGCUUCAACCAUGUUAAGAGCCUCCUUGGCACCAGGUAGGAAGCUGAAGGAUGUCCCAUUGCUGCCCUCCUUGGAUUAUGAGAAACUGAAGAAGGAUUUGAUUUGGGGGAGUGACCGCUUGAAAGCCUUCUUGUUGCAGGCUCUGCGCUGGCGCUUGACCACAUCCCAUCCUGGAGAGCAGAGGGAGACCGUUCUGGAAGCCUACAUUGGCAACGACCUCCUGGACUGUCACAGCCACGGCCAGAGGAGUGUGCUUCAGCUGCUGCACUCCAAGAGCGAGGUGGUGCGACAGUACAUGGCCCGGCUCAUCAAUGCCUUCGCGUCCCUGGCGGAAGGUCGUCUCUACCUGGCCCAGACCACAAGGGUGCUGCGGAUGCUGGAGGAAAGGCUGAAGGAGGAAGACGAGGAUGUCGUCACCCGGGAGAACAUUCUCGGGGCCUUGCAGAAGUUCAGCCUCAGGCGCCCGCUGCAGACAGCGAUGAUUCGAGACGGCCUCAUCUUCUGGCUGAUUGAUAUUCUGAAGGACCCCGACUGCCUGUCUGACUAUACGCUGGAGUACUCGGUGGCUUUGCUCAUGAACCUCUGCCUCCGGAGCGCAGGGAAGAACAUGUGUGCCAAGGUGGCAGGCCUGGUGCUGAAAGUUCUUUCGGAUCUGCUCGGCCAUGAGAACCACGAGAUACAGCCGUAUGUGAACGGAGCUCUGUACAGCAUCCUUUCUAUUCCGUCCAUUCGUGAGGAAGCAAGGGCAAUGGGAAUGGAGUACGUCCUCCGCUGCUUCAUCAAAGAAGGCAAUGCUGAAAUGGUUCGCCAGAUCGAAUUCAUCAUCAAGCAGCUUAAUUCAGAGGAGCUACAGGAUGGUGUUCUUGAAUCUGAUGAUGAUGAAGAGGAAGAUGAUGAAGAGGACCAUGACACUAUGGAAGCCGAUCUGGACAAAGAUGAGCUGAUCCAGCCCCAGCUUGGAGAGCUCUCAGGCGAGAAGCUUCUGACCACGGAGUACUUGGGAAUCAUGACCAACACGGGGAAGAUGAGGCGGAAGGGCCUGGCCGGUGUGCAGCGCAGUGCCGACGAGCCCCUGUGCCGGCCCGUCACCCCUGGCGGCCACAGGACGGGGUACCCAGUGCCGGAAGACCAUCCCGUUCCUCCCCAGAUGGCCCAACGUGCGGGAAACGGCGGCCUCCCGUCCCUGACAAGCGCCCCCCGUCCAGUGCACCAGGGGGGUGAGGCUGGUGCUUCGGGGCCUUCACCCUCCACGGUGGACAUCAAACCGGGAGAAUGGUUGCCAGCGGGACAUCAGGGAGAGGUUCGUCUGCCCUCGGCGGGGGACCCCAGCCAGGCCCUAGACGGUGGAGACACCACCAGGGAAUUUACAUCGGCCUUCACCUGCAAGCCCCGGACCCCCCGGACCCCUGAGAUCCUGGACCUGAACCCACCCAAGGCCAAGGCAUCCACUCUGGCCCCUCAGUUCUCCUCGUGUGGCCCCCAGCAGGCCAGCCGCCCCAGCUCCAUGACCUCCUCCACGAGAGGGCCACAGAGUAAGUCAGACUGGAGGGAAGGGCACUGAGCUCCUCUGUGCCCAGCAGGCACAGGACCAGGACCCCAGGCAGUGGCUUCUUGUGCCCUAGGGACAGAUCCGUUCUUCACUAGCCUAUUUAUGAAAUUGCCAUUGGCCCUGGUGCCUCAUACACAAGCUGGUAAACUGCGACUGUCCAGGCAGUGCCUCUCGGAGUUAACAUCCCCCCCACCCCCACCCCCGUCUGUGGGACUUGUGUGAUCGGCCCUGAAAACCUGGACCUGCUUCCUAGCGGGAAGCAGGCAGCCUCAAAAUCCAACAGAAGCAGGUGCCUUGGCGGGAGGGCCACCAGAGGGACUGAGGGUGCGGUGGGCCCAAGGGGUCUCCUUCCUGCCCUGUUGCCCACCGUGAAGACCACUUCCUCUCUCCCCUCCCCUCCUAGCCUCAGCCGGUUGACCACACCAGAGCCUGGACCUUUCCAAAGAGUCUAAAGAUAAGGGAAGGUCGCCUGGCUGGAGUGUGUGACUCUCGAUCUCAGGGCUGUAGCUUUGAGCCCAUGUUGGUUGUAGAGGUCGCUUCGAAAUAAAAAAAAAAAUUUAAAAAAAAUGAUAAUAAUUUUUUAAGUACAUAAAUAAAUUAAAUAAAAAUAAAGGAAAACAAAAGAGAAGCCAGACAAAAGAAUGUCAAUCAGCAGAAGGUCUGUCACACUCAGGAUAUAUGCAUUUUGCAGCUGUGCUGUCCCCUGCUGCCCCAAUCGCUUCCUGCCAGAGCCCCGGGCGCCCCGGCCAACGGGGACCCGCUGGGCUGGCCGGGUGACUAAUGGGCCGUGGCUGGAAAGCAGGGCCGCCCUCCCUCUUCGCCAGCGCCCAUCUGCUGGGAAACACACGGUGAAGCCCCAGCCCCGUGUCCCCACCCGCGGUGCAGGCCAGGCUGUUUCCUCACACGGGCCCAAAGGAAGCCCCGGCAAAUACCAGGAACACUGGCCCGAGAGAAGCAGACAGACCCGUUUGACCCCUGCCGGGCUCCAGGCCACACCGGGCAGCACCGGGCCGGAGCCCCCACGGGUCAUAAUCGAGGCAGCAACGGCCAGUAGCAGACGGGCUCCACGGGGCCCUGCCUGCACGUAGAUUGCUCAGCUAGCAGCAGAUUUAUGUCCUGUGGCCUCGACAAACAGCAAAACUAUUGCCAGCAAAAUUCACUGGGAGCCCCACGCCAAGCAGCCUGCUUCCUGAGAGGAAAGAGCGUGGCCACGUGAGUCACGCCCCGGCCGCGGAGCAGGUGACCCGGGGGAAGGGAAGGUUUCAGUAUUCGGUUUGCACAGAGCCGGUUGAAAGGCGGCUUGUAUGGGACAGAGGGGACUCUGUGCAGUUACCGCCUUGGUGCUGGCAGCUUGCUCUCGCCUUUCUUCUCCAGGCGGCCAAUCUUACAGGAAGUGAGGAUGGUCUCUUCGCCGGUGUCACCGUCCCGUUGCCCGAGGACCAGCCAGCUUCCCUUCCUCGGCCGGCCAGCAGCUGCAGGUGACAGAUGUGGAGGAGACCGUUGUCUGCCAGCGGCCAGGCGAGGCUAGCUCUCCGGGCAGCCCAGGAGCAGGCCCCCCACAGCCCCCGGGACACCGGGUCCUGUCCCUGCCCGUCCCCGGCCGCCCCUCACACACAGGAACAGACCUGGGUAGACGGUGCGAGCUGCUCACGUCAGGAGCCUGUGGGGGGGAGCAGGGACUGGAGACUCGGCCCGAGACGGGGCCUUGGCCUCAGUGGAAACCGUCGCUCCUCUCGGUCCAGCCAGAAGGAGACUGAAGGGAUUUAGAAUAAGGGAGACGCAUCCUGAAACCAUAUUCCUGAGCAGCAGAUUUGAUAUUCUUCCUUUUUUAAAAUCUGGGAUGAAUAUGAUAUAUUCCCGUACGUAGCUUGGACUAUAUCGCUGUUUCCGAUCUUCUGCACGCGUGUUUUAAAGGCCUCGUAGGGUUGACGCCAUUUCCCCCUCCCCUGCCUCCUUUAAGACCGUAAACACAAGCAGCUCCCCUGGCAAAAUGAGCGGGGGAGGCUCGCCCCUUGCAGUGGGUGACGUCAGAGCUCACGCCUUAGGAUAAAGGAAAGAACUUUGCCCGCCGAGCCAGCGAGGUCCCCCAAACUAGUAGCAGAAUCUGACCUCUCCUCAAGUAUAAAUACUGAAAUAAACUGAAUAUUUAGAUGGUCCUUGCGUGUGGUAGGGCGUGUGUGUGCGUGUGCGUGCGUGUGUGUGAAGUUAUGUACUCUACCCUAAGCCCUCCAUCUGCCAUGGCGAUGCCCUUUAGAGAAGACAUCCCUGUGGUCCCGCUGGGUGUAAAUAGAGAAGAUUUCAUUUUUCGACGGCCUCCUAGCUCCUCAAGAGAGCGAGCAGAGGAGGGAAGCAGAAGAGUGGUAGAGCAGGCCA